GUCAGUGCCGGGAACUUUUUUUCCGCCCUGGCAAGUCCUUUUGACUUCGAGUUGCAUAUACCAGCGGACUGCGAUCAUGCCUGCAUUAACAAACCAGGCAGUUACAUCUGUUCCUGUCCCAGCGGAUAUGAACUGGAUUCUGAUGGAAAAUCUUGCAUUGACACUGACGAAUGCUCUAGCAGAAAUGGCGGCUGCAGUCACGAUUGCUUUAACAUCCCUGGGUCGUUCUACUGUGGAUGCCCUGAGGGGAUAGUUAUGAGUUCCAACAAUUUGACCUGUGAUGACCCUAGUGCAAGUGUGACAUGCACACGCAAUAACAUGACUGUGACGUUAGAAAAAGAAACAUAUCAUUUCUUUAACGUCAGCGAACUGCGCCUCCGAUAUGCUUCAUGUAGAGCUACAGAGAAUUCAACACACUUCAUUAUCAGUACAUCUUUAAAUGACUGCGGGACGUUUGUGAACGAGACAGAGCACGUUCUUAUUUUCUGGAACGAAGUGCAAGCGGACGCCUUGGUUAUCGACAAUGUCAUCACUCGAACUCAUGACGUCAAGUUGCCAUUUUCCUGCCGCUAUUCCAGAAAGUCAUUACUUAGCCUUGGAUUCACACCUCAGAGUAUCUACUUUGGGCAAGAAGCGGGAUACGGUAACUUCACCUUUAAAAUGGACUUCUACGACAGUUCAUCUUUUUCCACGCCUUACACUGAGAAGGACUACCCAUUGGACAUGCCUCUCAAUGAUUACGUGUAUUUGGGGUACAGUGUGGAGUCAAGUGCCGACUUGGCGAUAAUGGCUCUCAACUGUAAGGCCACUAAAGAUGGAAGUUUUUAUUCCUGGCCUCAAUACACCAUUAUACAGAAUGGAUGCGCGCGAGAUACAACGCUGGAGUACAGCUAUGAUCCAACCGGAAGUUUUCAACAGCUUAGAAUCAGAACCUUCCGGUUUUUCGACAGUUAUGACACCGUUUUUAUCCAUUGUGAGUUAUUUGCUUGUCAUAGAAAUUCCUCUAAUUCCAGGUGCAGUAAGGGUUGUUUAAGGAACCAGAGAAAGAAAAGAGAUGUGACACGUGACAACAGAGAACGUGAAGAAAGUACAGCCAAAGUGACUCUCACACGCGGACCCUUGUUGAUUAAAGAAAAAGAAGAUUCUGGCCACGGCCAACAAACUGCUCUGAUUGGUGGCGUGGCAGGAGUUGGUGUAUUUGGGCUGCUUGCAGUUAUAGCCCUGGCAGUUUUAUGUGUCAAGUUUCGCAUGGCGAAAAGGUUUAUGCAUGGUAAAGAACCCGUAGACCUGAACGCUACCCAAAACGAGCACAUGGGGAAAACGAACCUUGGCGUCUCCGAGUUGGACUCGUUUUAGAAGUCUUGUAAUGUUGCCGUUUAACAAUGCCAUAUUUACUCUCAGUUAACUGCUAGUUAGGUUCACAAAACCCUCGGAUGUUCACGCAAACGCAUAUGUGGUACAAGGGAGGGUUGGAUGGCGCCCCUGGUUGCCGGAAAAUAAAUUGGUCCUUUCACAAUUCACUGGAAAUAAAAUCGGCAUUUCAUGCUUCACGAAAAAAAAAGUGGCUUUUUUUGACACAAACUUACGUAACUUAUGAUAUUUGAAAAGUUACGCCCAAAGCACAGCCUUGUUAGAUGUCUUUUUCAUCCGUCCGCUUCUUGUUCUGCGCGCAGCAAAAAGAAAAACGAGCAAAAACACGAAGAGGGAUGAUUGUCCUGUCACGGUCACGUAAUAUUGAUAAUUACUAUCGCAAAUAAUAGAAGAGACAACCAGAAUCACGGUUCACGACGAAUUAAAUACUUCUUUCUCAUUUCACGGAGAAUCAUGGAAAAUCACGGUUCACGGCUU